AUGGAUCUCAGUACACCUAUUCAAGGGCUAAGGCAUCUCUUGGUAGGGAGAACGUUCGCGUUCUACGUCCUUGCCAGCUUCGUGGUCAUAGGAGCGAGUACCCUGCUUCUUAUUGUUUAUCGUCUGUUCCUCCAUCCGCUCUCAAGAUUUCCGGGACCACUCCCCGCCAAAGUCACUGGGCUAUGGCGAAGCAAGAAGUAUGUUGAUGGUAAUUGGCAUGCUGAUGUCGUCGAACUUCACGAGAAAUAUGGGAGAAUCGUGCGGAUUGCUCCAAAUGAGCUUUCAAUUGUCGACGAACAUGCAAUGAAGAACCUAUACGGACAUGGUCACAAUGCCCGAAAGACAGACUGGUACUCGGUUUGGGACCCAGCAGGGACAGCUCCUCAAUUGUUUUCGGAGCUGGACAAAAAGCAACACGCCUUCUUGAGGAAACGACUCGCAGGGGCAUACUCUAUGUCGUCUGUCCUUCGGUACGAGAAGUAUAUCCAAGUCGUCUUGGAUCUUCUCCUGUACCGGCUGAAAGCAAAGGCGGAGGCUGGUGAAGUGGUCGACAUGGCCGUCUGGACCAACGCCUUUGCCUUCGACACAGUUGGCGAGUUGGGCUACGGAAGCCAGUUGGGCCAUUUGUGGACGGAAAAGGACGUAGGAGGGCUUCGGAAAACCAUCUUUGACGCAUUCUUUGUCUUGUCUAAUCUGGGUCAUUUCCCUGGACAAGCUCGGAUUCUUCAAAACCCACUCAUGGAAAAGCUGCAGACAUUUAUGGGGGCGCCGCCCACAUUUUCACGUUUCCGGGACUGGACUGCAGAACAGAUUCGAAAGCGAUUGCAAACCAUCGAGACCACGAAAAGAGAUGACCUUCUUACUCACUUUUGCCGAAUGAAAGCCGCGGAUGGGGGCCCUGCAGCCUUCGAGGCAAUUCUUAUUGAAGCAAUGAAUCUGAUCGGAGCUGGUGCAGACACCACGUCGAUCGGCAUGCGAGCAUGCUUGCACUACCUCGCGCUCAACCCAGAGGCGUAUCGGGAGACGCAGAGAGCUGUCGACAAGUAUUACGAGGAUAAGAGCCUGGACCGCCCUAUUAAGUACAACGAAACUCAAGAGAUCCCUUAUCUUGUGGCUGUCAUCAAAGAAGCCACCAGAAUAUUUCCCUCGAUCGUGUUUCAACUGUUACGCCAUGCACCAAAAGACUUUGAGGUUCGAGGCAAGUCGAUCCCAGCUGGAACUCCAGUGGGCAUCAGCCCCAUUUCACAAAAUCGCGACAAGGACAUUUGGGGUCCUGAUGCUAAUGAAUUCCGUCCUGAGCGUUGGCUACAAGGCGAAGCAAGAACAAAGUACCUCGACACCAGUUCAAUGACUUUCGGAGGUAAUGGUCCACGGAUGUGCAUUGGACGAAAUAUCGCACUGGUUGAGCUACACAAAUUUCUGGCACAAUUCAUGCGCAACUUUGACUUCGAAUACGUGGACAAGUCGAAGCCUUGGAGGGUAACAACCUACUGGUUUGCGUACCAACAUGAUCAACACAUGAGGAUUACAUUUCGGAAAAACCGCUCAAUCCGUGAAGUCACGUCCAUGGAAGCAGAAUAAAGGGAAAUCCAGGGGCUG